GAACAAUGCAGCUUCCUGAGCAGGAAGCCUGGCUGCUGAAACCCAACAAAGACAUCGCGGUCCCCGGGGAGGAGCGGAGCGAGGAGGGAAGGAGGCUGCGGGCUUCCCAGGGGCUGCGGGCUUCCCAGGGGCUGGAAUUUCUCUGCAUGGGCGCGUUUAGGGGAUGGCUGGGGGUCCGAGAGAGAGGUGGAGAUGCAGAAACGCCGCGGGCUGACAGAAUGACAAGGAGCAGCCAGGGGGACGUGGCCCGGAACGCGCUCUGCAGGAGCCCCUUUCUCAGUGUCAAGUUCUUUGUGUUCUGCCACGGGCUGCUGCAGCUCUCCCAGCUCCUGGUCUCUGGCUACCUGAAGAGCUCCAUCUCCACCAUUGAGAGACGCUACGGCCUCUCCAGCCAGACCUCGGGGCUGCUGGCCUCCUUCAACGAGGUUGGGAACACGCUGCUGAUCGUCUUCGUGAGCUACCUGGGCAGCCGCGUGCACCGGCCGCGCCUCAUCGGCUGCGGGGCCCUGCUGGUGUCCCUGGCCGGCUUCCUGAUGGCCCUGCCCCACUUCCUCACGGGGCCCUACGAGUACGACCGCUCCGUGGCCAGCACCUCCAGCAACACCACGGACCUGUGCCAGCCCGGGGCGCCGGGGGCCUGGGCCAACCUGAGCGAUGCCAGCUGCACCCCCCACGCCUCCAGGGAGAACCACGAGGUUCUCCUGGUGAUGUUCGUGGCCCAGGCCCUGCUGGGCAUCGGCGGCGUGCCCAUCCAGCCCUUCGGCAUCUCCUACAUCGACGACUUCGCCAGCGAGAGGAACUCCCCCCUCUACCUGGGAAUCCUGUUCUCCCUGACGGUGGUUGGGCCGGGGGUGGCCUUCAUGCUGGGCUCUGCCAUGCUGAGGUUCUACGUGGACAUGGACAAAGUCAGCUCAGCUGAGGUGCAGCUCACCAACAAGGACCCGCGCUGGGUCGGGGCCUGGUGGCUCGGCUUCCUGGUGGCCGCCAGCCUGGUGGCCCUGUGCGCCCUGCCAUACUUCUUCUUCCCGAGGGAAAUGCCCAAAGAGGUGCUGAGAGGGAAGGACAGAGGCAGCAAGAAGAGGCAGAACAUGCUGAGCCAGCUCAGGCCGAGGUCCCAGCACACGGAGAGCCUCUCCCUGGUGGAGUUCAUCAGACGUUUUCCCGUGGUGCUGCUGAGGAACCUGCGGCACCCCGUGUACCUGCUGGUGGUGCUGGCUCAGGUCAACAUCUCUGCCAUGGUUGCUGGAUUAGCAACCUUCAUGGGCAAGUUCCUGGAGAGACAGUUCUCCCUCACAGCCUCCCUGGCCAACAUGAUCAUUGGUGCUGUGAACAUCCCCGGGGCCAUGGUCGGCAUCGUGGUGGGCGGUGCCAUCCUGAAGCGGUUCCAGGUGUCCCUGAGGCAGUGCAGUGCCCUGUGUGUGCUGGGCAUGCUGCUCUGCCUGCUCACCGCCUUCCCCCUGCUCUUCCUGGGCUGCCCCACGCAGAAGGUGGCGGGUGUCACCCACUGGGACAGCUCUGGCUCUGGCCACCACGCCAUGGCGUGCAACGCGCGGUGCCGCUGCCCCGAGAGCGGCUUCAACCCCGUGUGCGGCUCCGACGGCGUGGAGUACACGUCCCCCUGCUCUGCUGGCUGCAGCAGCGUGGCCCUGCGCCCCGACAGCUCCGUCCUGAACUACACCGGCUGCAGCUGCCUUGGGGCGCCGGGAGCGGCGCGCGUCGCCAGGCCGGGCACCUGCGGCACCGGCUGCUCUCACCUCUUCGUGCCCUUCGUGGUGCUCUCCUGCCUGGCAGGCAUCCUGGCCAGCACCUCCCACACGCCGUCCUUCAUGCUCAUCCUGAGGAGCAUCCAGCCUGAAGACAAAUCAUUUGCUGUUGGCAUACAGUUCAUGCUGCUGAGAGUUUUAGCGUGGAUGCCGGGCCCGGUGCUGUACGGCAGCGCCAUCGACACCAGCUGCGUGCUGUGGGAGAGGAGGUGUGAGCGCAGGGCAGCCUGCAGAUACUACGACAAUACCCUCUUCAGGCACAGGUAUCUGGGGCUGCAGUUCUUCUUCGAGGUGGGCGCCUUCCUGUGCUUCGGGGCCGUGUAUCUGAUCCUCAGGAAGCAGGAGAGGGAAGCCAGCCAGGCAGAGGAGACAAAGGCCGAGCCAGAGAAGGAGAAACUGGCAGGAAGGUCCACAAAGAGCCCGGAAUCCAAAGUGUGACAGCGAAAUGUGGAUUGUGAUCCGUGCUGGGGAGGUGAAUCAGCCCACAGCCGAGCUGGGCAGGGUGGAUGCUUGGAGUGAUGGACCCGGGGCUGCUUCCUGCUCUCUCGGCUGGGAUGGACUCUUCCUGCACUGCAUGGAUCCAUCCACACGUUGUUCUCCUCCUCAGGGCUGCAGCUUGUCCCUCCACAUGGAUUAGUCCUCACUCUUUAACCCAUGGACUCUGCAGCAUCCUGGGUUUGUGUCCUGCAAAGCAGUUUUUCCUGCUGACCGUCUCGGGACGCCAGCACUGAACAGUAACCAUAAAUCUGAAGGGUUCUGUGGAGUGUUUUUUUUUUAAAUAAAUCAUUUUUAAGAAAUGGUUUUGUACUGAA